CUGCUCUCCCCCAUCCCCUUCCAGGGGCAGGGCCUGGCUGGGGUAUAAAUAGGUCAGACUGCUGGGCUUUCCCCACUCUUCCUCUCUCUUCAACCUCUCUCCGGGCUUCCUCUCUCUUGGCCUGAUCCUGACUGCUGCCAUGGCAUCUCCGCUGGAGAAGUCCCUGGAUGUGAUGGUGUCGACCUUUCACAAGUACUCGGGCAAAGAGGGUGACAAGUACAAGCUCAACAAGUCAGAGCUAAAGGAGCUGCUAACCCGGGAGCUGCCCAGCUUCUUGGGGAAAAGGACAGAUGAAGCUGCGUUCCAGAAGCUGAUGAGCAACUUGGACAGCAACAGGGACAACGAGGUGGACUUCCAGGAGUACUGUGUCUUCCUGUCCUGCAUGGCUAUGAUGUGUAACGAAUUCUUCGAAGAUUUCCCAGAUAAGCAGCCCCGGAAGAAAUGAAGGCCCCCCAGAUUCUAUUGGGGCGUCUGCCAGCUGGGGUCUUCCCUGCCGCCAGUGGGCACAGAGCCUCGCCCUGUGCACAGUGCCUCAGACACGCGCACCAUGCUGAGCAAGUUCAAUAAAGUCUCUUAGAAGCUA